AUGAGUGUAGGAAAAUCUAACAAAUCCAAAUGGAAUUUAGCUGGUAUUAGUUAUAAGGCAACUUUCAUAUAUACAUUUAGAAAGCAACAGUGUGUUUUUGUUCAAGAAUUUGAAGAAGAUGAAUGCACUCUUACAAUUUAUACAGGAGAAAAUAUAAAACUAUGUUCUUUUACCAAUUGCGAUCCUAAAUUUUUGUGGAAAAAAGUUGGCAUAUUACAACAAUAUAAUGGUAAACUUCUUUUUGGUUUAGAGGAACCUCAAACACAACAUUUUAUUCAAAUUUUACGUAUACCUAGUUGUACAUUGAAUAAUUGGAAUGAUGGUGAUUUGAUGGAAUCAAUUUUCGCAUAUCAUCUUAAAUGCAGGAUUUCAACGUGUAUAAAUCGGCAAGAAUUUUUUAACCAAUGGCUUAUUAAAUUAUCAACAAUAAUUGAAUUGAAAACCCAAUUGAAAAAACUGUAUUCAUCUAAUCAUGAAAUUAAUGCACGUGAAUUUAGAGCUUGGAAAGCUAUGCUACGGAAUGUUGGAUGUGAAGAAAUUACACCUUUCAAAAAAGAUCAAUCUCAGGUAGAAUUUUGGUCAAGAUCACUUACUCCUAAAAUCGAUAAAACUAAUUUAGAGAUAUUAUAUAGACAAGGAUUUUUAAUUUCAAUACAUUUUUAUUUAAAAAAUGAUAUCAAGACAUUUUGGAAUUCAUUUCGAGAAUCUUUAGAUGUGUCUAAUAAUACAAUUCGUUAUGCUCGUAAGCAUGCACAUUUAUAUAGAGUUAGUGGAAAGGUAUUUAAAAAACCUAUUAUAACGCAUGAAAAUUUUUCUGAAGAAAUACAACAACAACUACAAGUUUUUUUAUUAGAUAAAGCACAUGUUGUUAUGAGUUCCUAUAAAACCGAUCCAGUAACUAAUGAACCAGAAAAAAAAUAUAUUUAUUGUGAAGAUCUUAGGGGUUUAUGUCAAACUUGUCAAAAAUAUGGAUAUGAAAUAUUUUCUGAUCUUUCUAAAUAUAUAGAAAAACAUGUAAAUCAGUCUCUUAUACAA